CUGUCUUGUUAUCGUAACUGCAUCCAAUUUAUCAAUUGUUCUGUAUGACCUUGGUGAAAGCUCAUCAGUUCGUGUGAUCACUUAUGAUGGUGGUUUUGGGCAAUCACUCUAUGUUUUUGAAGAUGGGACUAUAUACUGGGUCAUCUACAAUCCCUCCACUGGGCGCUUUAUAAUUCUAUGCACGUCUAAAGCAGGAGUAACAAGAAACCUCGGGAUCUGGUACAAUGGAGAAAUUUGUGUAGUGGUAGACCGAUUGUAUAUUUAUAUAUUGGAUAAAGACAACAACCGAAUUGAUAUUUAUUCCAGAAGAACAUUGGUGAAACACUGGGAAUUACGUAUAAUACCUAAUGUCAAUGAGUUGAUCCUGGCAUUGGGUAAGUAAAUCACAGAAAUACAAAUACCAUCAAGUCACUUAUUUGCGAACGACUUACUAUGAAGUAAUUUGGUACAUAUAGAUUAAUUGUUUUUAGUGGCAAAAAACCUGGCAUGUUGUUUAAGGAGACAUCAAAAGAUUUAACCAAUAAUUAUACUUUCAAAUCUUUCAAAUUUGAUUGUCUAUGAAAAAUUUGUCAUUUUGAAAAUUCGCCACGAGUCAUGAUGUUAUUAUGAAGAUUAGAAUCAAACAUUUGCAAAAAAAUGUGGAAUCCAAUAAAUGCAUUCACUUGAAAUGUAUACAGUAUAGUCGACAGAAUUUGACAGCGGAGGAAUUCGGCUUUCUAUCAAAAUGUUUGCAUAACCAAAUGUUAGCACAUCCCAUCAUAAUUUGCAAUCAGCUAUUGCCUUCGAUAUAGUAGGGAAGGCACAAACCGCACGAUAACAAACUAGCAUGCAUACAUAUACAUCAUUUGUCCGUUAAUCUUUUUCAUCACCUAAUGAAUUAUCUUUUUGUUUCAUCCGUGGUUUACUAAACAAAAAGGUUUUCGUUGUGAUCGACAAAUGAGUAACUAUAUCAUUGAUGAUCAUGAUCUAGGGUUUUUUUCUGACGAGCCGAUGACAGAUAGUUUUGUAUGAACCAUUCACACCAUGCAUUAUAAAAUAAUUUUUGCAAAAUCCCUCCAAACAUCCAAACGUCAUUGAAAUGUAAUAUCAACUAAUCAUGCUGGCCGACGGGCUGUAUUUCUGAUGUCUGCACCAAACAUCUGGCCACGAUUACUGUGUGCACUAAAUUUUAAUAUUUAAUUCUAGAUAUUGAUGAAUGCUGCUCCAAUAACACAUGUCACAUGAAUGCCACGUGUUCGGACACACCUGGAAGCUUCGUCUGUACUUGUAAUGAAGGCUUUGAGCCAAGUGGAGAUGAUUGCAUAGGUAUGUAUGUUCUCAAUGUUACUUAAAACAUUGCCCAAAAUUCCAUGUUUGAAAAUACUGAAUAGCUUAUUUAUUAUUACUAUAAUUAUAUAGCUGAUUAUUGAAAAUUCUCCUCGCUGAUUGGUCGCCGUUGAGGCGAUUAUAGCCAUUGAACUAUAAAUAAACUGGAAGGCUAACUACUAUGAUGAAGGCCUAUGAUUUGAUGAAGCCAAAAUAGUUUUUCUGAGUUUUUCUUACUUGACCCCAAACGUUGGGCUAUAUAUCAAAUUGAAGCUAUUGAAAAUUGCUAUUCGGUGUGGAAAUUUCAAGACUUCAGCGAAAAGAAAACUAUUUAAAAGAUACAAAAACAACUGCAAAAUGGCAAAUUAUCGGUAAUUUUGUUUGUAGUUUUUCAAUAUUUCCCUUUUAGCUAAAGUCUUGAAAUUUCCACACCAAAUAGCGUUUUUCAAUAGCUUCAAUUUGAUAUAUAGCCCAACGUUCAGUGUUGAGUAUUUCUGCUCAUAACUCAGAAAAACUAAAAUGCACUGGCUUCAAUCCCCCCCCCUGAGUUAGCCUUCCAGUUUAUUUAUAGUUCAAUGAUUAUAGCCCGAUAAUCACGUAAGCGAUUUUCAAAAUGGGGGCCGAAACCGUUUUGUCAAUUAAAUGACGAAGAAAUGUGUAUUCUUUUAUUUUUUCUAAAUAAUCACCUAUAUGAAAUUAUACUAAAACAAUUAUUCACCUCAGGCUCGGUGAUUAUCGUGAAUAAAAACCUCUCCUUUGGCGAAUAAUUGUUAAUUAAUUACAGCAAUGAAGCACAGUCAUGGGAGAAAAAUGAAGCAUCCAUGGGAAAUAUAUAGGGGACACAAUAACAGUAUUUAAACUUACACGGUAGAAAUAAUGGAUCCUAAUACGUUCCACAUCCCAUUUGUCUUUUUUACUUUUCACUUCCUUUUCUACCAAAUAACUGUAAAAAAAACGCCGUAAUUUUACAAUAAAAAGUACUAGCCAGAGAAUGUACUGUAAUUUUGCAGAUAUUGUUUUCAACCGAAGUCUGUAUUUAUACCGUAAAAAGGUUGUAAUUCAAAACAGUCUAUUGCACCGCAAUUUACAAUUAAAGAAUACUUUCUGUAAACGAUUACGAUUAAGCGCAUGUCAAAUAACGGAUUUCUUUUUAAAUACAAUCCAUUAUACUGUAAUUUACGAUAACAGUAUACUUACUGGAAAAAAUAACAGUAUAUUAUUAUAUGGCAAGCAUCACUUCCGGUGAAAUGACGGACUGUGAUUGGCUGAGAUCGGCGGUCCAUUACACGAAGAAAAACAAAGGCAUUUUAAAACAAAACAGCAAAACUAAUUGAAAAUUAUAAUUUAAUUUGUUAUUAAUAAGAUAUCUGCGGAAAAGAAGGGAUACAUUAGUAUUUUUUGUUUUCUUCGCCAAAUGUGGACCACGCUGCUAAUAUGCAUUUCAAAUCAUGCAUUUCUUGUUCGUUUCAAGUAUAAAUGUCAUAUAAUAAAAUUUUUAUUAACCUCGCUUGCUCGGUAUGCACAAAGACUUCGGUCUUUUUAUACAAAUCUCUCCCUACUGGCUCGGUCUAUACAAAAAAGUACCCGGUCCGAUAUUUCUCUGUACAGACCUCGCGUUCGGUUAAUAAGAAGUUGUAAUUACCGUUACUGGAAGUCGAGUUCUCAAUUUUAAGAGAACGGAAGUGAACUAUUGUGACUUUGAUCAAACACUGUGGUGCAACUCGUGUAAAUCAACUUCUGAACGCUCUGGUCCUAAGUGGGAUUGAUCCUUUACAUUGUUUGUUGAGCUGUAUUUGGAAUGAUUUUUAUGUUCAAUAUGACACAAGGCAGCAAGAUUUAGAAUGAUUCUUUUGUUCCUAUUGUUGUUGACACUUUUGAAGUCCACCCCGAUACAGUGCAUGGUAACACUUGCUGCAGACAACUAAUAGCACAACUAAUUCAACUGCUGCAUGUAUGUUGCAUCAUAAAGGAGCCAUAACCUACUGAAGAAAUCAGUGCUGUAUCAUAAUGUCAAAUUAGAAACAUGCAGCUUCUCCAACGCUUUUUGUUGUAGUAGUUGAAUCAAUGUUACUCAGCAUACGCAAAUUCAUGUUUCAUAUUUUUAUUUGAUUUAUUAGAUAUCGACGAAUGUGCUCGUGGUUACUGUGAUCCAAAUGCAGACUGUGUAAACAGUGUGGGAUCAUUCUAUUGCACUUGUAGAUCUGGUUUUACUGGAAAUGGACGCAACUGCUCAGGUAAUGAAAUAAGAUGUGAUACGAUGUUCUGUAGAAUUAGAUAAUUAUCAUGAGAUAGCUAUUUGACUAUCUGACAAACUAAAUUUCUACAAACCGGCAAACAAAGUUCACCAACUUGUCCUGGAGUGUUUUAGGUGCGACGAAAUUUGUAGAAUUCCAGACCGGUGCAGUUUUUCUUCCAUUAACUACUCAAUCCCAUAGGUAUAUAUAAGAUAUCUAUGCUCAUUCCCCACUAUAUAUACUGCUUUACUAAAAUCUUUAUAGAAAAUUUCUAAAAUUUAUAUAGAAAGAAAACAACAAUAUGUAAUGCAAAAACAUGUUCUCGAUUUGUAAUCCAAAAAUAUGUUGUCAUGCUUUUUUUUUAAAUGAUAUUUCAUAAUUCGUUUUUAGUUUGCUAUAAGCAUAGAAACAAUUAGCCUAUCUCACGACGGCCAAAUUCGCCAUUUUUAGGGUACUUUUUUAAAAACAACAUGAAAAAUCCAAGCGAUGUGAAAACAUUUUUUCAAAUAUUUAACUGUAAAUUAACUUAUAAUGAUUAUACUCACAAUUAAAGUUAUACAAAUCCCUUAUUCACUGCGUACAAUCUCAGAUUUGGAAAAGAUAGUAACUCAAAAAUGGCUGCGUGAGAAAGGCUAAUUGUGAGUCAUCGUGUUUGUUUUCAAACUACAAAGAGUAACAUGGUGGCAAAUUCGCAUACGCGCUUAGCAAUAUCAGCAAACUAUAUGUGUUACCAGACCCAACGGAAUUUUAAAGAAAAAAGACCAAAAUAAAUUAACACUCGUAUACAUGUACAUCAGCUGCAUAAAACCAAAUAUACGAAAAUCGUGAAUAUCGAACUGCAAUAUUGCUGACUUUAAUAAAACCAUACCGAGCCAUAAAGACUUGAUCUUGAACAAAUUUCGUAAUGGAGAGUUGAUUCUUGUCUGUUGAAAAUUACUUAUAUUAUUUGUGUACUAGAAAAUACAUGCAUGCAGCAGGGCUGCAUAAAAUAUUUUAUUUUCUGGGACCACAAAGCCAAUGAAAAUAUUUUCUGCAUGCAAACACUGGGAAUCUUAUGUUUGAAUUUGAUCACUAAUCACAUUAGAUUUGAAACCAAAAUAGACGUAUUUUACCCUGCUAGCAGUGGUUUCUAGCUGAGCUGAGGAGAAACCACAGUGAGCAAACGAACAAUCGUUUCAUGUAGCCGCCGUCCAGAUUCACGGACACAUACAUUAAAUGAGAAACCGGUAAAACAAGUUUGACAAGUUUUUGUUGUUGUGUGCAUGGGUAACUGCUUGGCACUGCUGGUAAAAUGCGAGCCAGUCGUACAAAAACAACACGAUCACGCUCUAAAUAUAGUAACAUGCUAUAAAUACACUACCUUUUACAAAAUAUUGAAUAAAAUGUUUGAAAUUAUACAUUAAGAUGACUUGAAAACCACCUACAGUUCAACAAAGUAACUAUAAGUUCACACACUGCAGCAAAAAUCAACCUUUUACAGAAAUAGUAGCGCAGUCGCAACAAUCUUUGAUCAAUUGAAAUUUGUAGCGGUUGAGGUCGCGACAAUAAAAAUUGCAAUAAUUGUCAAAAUCAACAGUAAUUGGAAACGUUAUUAUAUUAUUAUAUUAUUAUAUUAUUUGGAAACUUUGGAAAUUGGAAUUUAUCGAAAACGUUAACACAAUCUCCAACGUUUAAGUAACAAAAAUAAAGUUUGCAGACCGAAUUUAAAAAAUUGAUAUUGAUCGGAUAAAUACAAAAAUUUAAAAAGAUAUAACAGAAAUUCAAAUGCACAAUUUGUAGCCAUAUGGCGAGGCACCAAUUUCAAAAUAUUUUAGUACUGACAAUAACGAUAUUAAAACCGAUACAUAAAUUGUGAACUGCAUGUAGAAUAAAAAGUUGUUCGAUUAAAACUGACAGACAACAAAUAAAACAGUACUAUGCCAUGCUUGUUUAAUUACAGAUAACAAACUGUCAAGCUACAGGAAAUGAAGUCAAAUUAGUGAUGUACGUCCAACCACAUGAUCUUUGCGCAUGCUCGAUAGAAAGUCGUUCGUUUGCUUCCAGUGGUUUCUACUCAGCUCCGAAACCACUGCCAGCAGGGUAGAUGUAUUUCAACAUGGCUAUGGAAUAAAUAUUUUUUAUAUUUUAAUUUAACAACAAACAUUUACAUUUUAAUGGAUGAUGAAAGUCACCACUGGGAACUGUCUACAGUUUAAGAUUCUAGAUUCUUAUAAUUAGAAUAUAUUUGUUAUGAAUAUCAUCUUAAUUAAUGGGUGAAAGUUCAUGAGAAGGGCAGAAGGCUGUUGUGUAUUGGAACAUAUUGCUUAGAUUUUUUACUACAUUGUAAGAAAUCACCACACUCGUAGAUUUUUUAUCCACAUACUGUAGUUGUUAAAUGAGUUGUCAGUUGUAUUCAUAUAUAACUGGAGUGGUAUUUCCAGAAGUAGCUAAUACACUAGAUGAAAUCAAUUAUAACAACCCCAUAGAGGAUUUCGUCUUAAUAUCUGCUAGGCUAUUGUCUGCCUGUCUCGACCAUAAUAUCAGGCUGCUGGAAUGCCGCCUGUACCGGUAUAUUGGAAACUUGUAUUACUUGCAUGUUGCAAACAUCACUAGUUCACUACCUACAGCUUAUUAUUCAAUUUUGUCAUUUUUUCUCAUUUUCUUUCUUUCUGUUUUUCCUUUCUUUCUUUCUCUUGACUUUUUUUCUUUUAAGACUUUUAAGUUUUACCCUCCAUUUUUUUCUGCCAACCUCAAAAAUUUUCUGGGACCAAUCGUCCCGCGGUCCGCUAUAUUAUGCAGCCCUGGCAUGCAGAAACCCUCGCCUUACUGACAAAGCCAUUAUGUUUUCUGAACAUGAAGUAUUGGAAGUAGUUGUCAUGGUAACACGAUAAUUUUAAGAAUAGUUUUAAAAUUGAAAACUACUUCUAAAGUGGCCAAAAUAUCACUUUUAAUUACAAAAUGAUCAAUUUCCCAAACAUAUAUAUGCUAGGUAUGUUAUUAUACGUAAUAUAAGCUUCAAUUUAAUUUAAAAUUCAACCACAAACGCUUCGCAAAACGUUUCAUUAAAAUGUUCUUAAAACUAAACUGCCUUUUAUCGAAUUAUCGGUAAACAGUGAGUUUGAAAUAAACUGAUUUCAAAUUCUCUCACGAAAAUAACUUUGCUUUUCUCUUUAUUUAAAUUUUAAUAUAAAAAGAAAGGGUAAUUAAUAAAAAUACACUGAUAUUAUAUCUGUCUUUUUUCACUUAUAUGCGCAACGGUCGUAUCAGUUGUUAAAGCAAUUAUAAAACAAACCAUACAUCAAUAUUAUUGACAAACUUACCUUCAUUAACGUCGGCGACUUUGCUCCAUUCUUUUAGACGUUUUUUUGCUCUCAUAAAAAUUUUAAAUUUACAAAAUCUUGCAAAAAUACAACUUGCAAGAAAUGUUUGUUAUUUCGCAGUCGUCAUGCAGUCGUUAUAAUGCAAAUUUUAAAUUUAAUCAAUCAGUGUUCACUAUUCACGACAGUCCGCUACAUAUUUUGAGAUCAGUGAGGAUGAUCACCCUUGAACGGUGAGCCAUGCGCCCGCGAUAUUUGCUAGUGCGUUCCUUUCCCCGGAUGUAAAUAGCUGGGCGGAAUUAGUACACUUAGUACCCGGGCUUACGCCUGGAACGACGCUCGGGGAUUAUACAUACAUUUAAAAAAUAGGUACGCUGUAACGUACAUGAUAAAAAAAUGGUCAAUAGACCUUAUUCAUAAAUCGUGACGAGGCCUCGUAUCCUAGGAUACGGGGAAGAAACGCGGGAAAACAAGCGAAAACUGCUUGACAAGCCAAAUUCAGAUGCUAUAUAUCGACUUCAACGGCUUGUUUCUUGUUGCUUUUUGCGGUUUAUAACGAUUUUUGUGUGCAUUUUAAGACUUUGUGCCCACAACGAAAACUGUAAACGAGUAUAUUAUAAAAGCGACCGGUUUUUCUCCCGUUUUUGUGUGGAAAAAAUGACAACGUAGCGACAGUGUUUAUCCAGAAGCGAAAAACAGUAUUUUACUGAGAAUUUAACGUCAAUAUAAAGGUUAUUCCGUGAAAAAUCAAGACAACUAUGGAAUGAAAGUAUAAUUUUUCGAAUUUGACAUUAAUAUGAAAGAAAACAACAGGUCAAAAAUCACAAGAGAACGUCAAAUGUCAUUGAUUCAUACGGGAAAAUACGAACUAUGGCUGUGGCUCGAUAACAUUCUGCAAGCAGCUAUACAAGUUUAAAAAAUGAAGGCUACAUUACCUGAGUGAGUUGUAAUCUUAUUUCUUCAACAAUAGUUUCAUAUUUCUUACGAUUUUGGUGUUGUAUAGACGUUUUGUAGGCUUGUUGGUUGUUUGUUUUGGCCAUACAAACUACGACAAUAAUACAAAGUCAAAGGUUUCCUUUUUCGAUUGACUCCAGCAUCUUUUGCUUUAAAUAUCAUGUUAUAUUUUCGCAAAAGUAUUUUUUUCAACUUUCAAACUCAGUUGUAUAGAUAUUAUUUUCGAAAAAAGCCGUAAUAUUGACGAAAAAAAGCUGCCAUAGCAGACAGCAAAAAAACAUUUUGUGAAUUUUCCCGCGUUUUUCCCCGUUUCCUAGGAUACGAGGCCUCGAUCACGAUUUAUGAAUAAGGUCUAUGCCGUCCGGUUUAUUUUACAUUUCCGACUUUUAGUGGGGAAGAUUAAAAUAUCUCGGCAAGUAUUUACUCGCCCUUUAAAGCAAAAACCACCGUGGAAAUCCUCAUAAAAUAACUUUUGACACAAUAUGUCGAACGUGGGGUCAAAACAUUAUGCAUAAACCGAAACAAAUAAACAAUUGUAUAUUUACUCACCGCUUGGCCAGCCAUUCUGCAUUUCAUAUCGAGAAAAAGUUGAACACCUUCAAAACUCUUCAGAAUACUGUAUGUCAAGCGCUUUCGUGCAAAAAGUCUCGUUUGAAUAUGGCGGACUAGAAAAAUUUUUGUAAAAUUUUUUUCAGAAUAUCGGGUUGUUACUCACACGCGCGUGCCUAGGCCGAUGCACGUGCAAACACGUCACAUGAAGGUAAUUUAACCUUUAGAAUCGAUUUCCGACGUUUCCCGAGUGCUAAAUUGUUUCAAUAUUUCAAACUGUAUUUCCGCUCGAAGCUCUCGCGUAAAGUUUAGAUAUUCUGAAAUACCGAAAUAAAAGAUGCAAAUCUAUAGAUACAAACUUGAAAAUAGCACUCUAAAUAGUGUCUUGGAUUGUGAUUCGAACAUCGUCGUACAUAUUUGUUUACAUUGUUCAAAGUAUAUUGCAUAAAUUGCAAUAAAUAAUUCAUUGCAUUGCAUAAAUUUUUUUUUACUGAUUACAUUGUUAGCUUGCUGUGUUUUUGUAGUCAAUUAUAUAACAUGCAGUUUAAUAAUAUUUUCAUGAUGAUAAAAAUUACUUAAAAUUUUUAUGCCAUAUUUGUUUUCGAGUUAUUUUUUUCGGGAAAUAAUUCUUUCUUAAUUUAAGUAAUUGUAAGGUAUCUAUAAAAUUCACUUUUAUAAUUUAAUAAUCAAUAUGAGUUAAUUUCUACCCUUUUUUUAGAUUUAAUCCAUUGCUUAUUCAUUUGUAUAGAUGAAGAUGAAUGUUGUGUUGGAACUUUUUGCCACAUGAACGCUACGUGUUCCAAUUAUCUGGGAGGUUUCAACUGUUCUUGUAAUGAAGGUUUUACUGGUAAUGGUACGGAUUGUCAAGGUACGUUUAAACUUAUACGCUGUUAUUUCUCUAUAACUUUUUCAUAUGAACACUUAGGAUAAUCCCCCUUCGUAGAAACAACCAGGCAUCAUUCAUUAGCAUGAAAUGUUAGAAUGAACCCGAAUUCUUUUGCCUGUAUCAAUAGAAAGAUCUGGUCUAUGUUUCUCAAAUAUCUAGCGAAAAUGGACCUGAUUCUGAUGUUAUCUAAAUAUUGCGGUCAGAUAGGUCGGAAGUCCAAACGUUUUGUGUUCCAUUCAACAAUUUGACCGGUCUGGCUGUGUUAAUGGAAAGCGCCCCAUGGAGUUAUCUGCUGUUGGUGUUGUGAAAGGAGCGAAAUAGCAAACCAUAUUAAUCAUUUUAACAGAGCUUCCAAAAGGAACAGAACUGUCCACUCCAGACAAGAAUUUGUCUUGUUCUCGCAUGCUUGGCGUUCUGAUAUGCAAAUGCGGAAAAUAGCAGUAACCAUGACAACCGAAUAUAAGUUUUCUAUUAAGAUUUUUUGCAUGUAGGCUAUAGUAUCUCCCAUUUCUCACUGUUUUUAAUAUUGUAAUGUUUAGAAUAUUUUUUAGGCUUAGAUUGUUAUUGUUUAUUAGGAAAGGGUUCAAUAGACCUUGAUUAUUUCAACGAGAAUAGGCCUUGACUAUUUCAAAUAGACCUUCACUUACCUAUUUCAAAGUUAACUAAACAUUUCUUGGAAAACAUUCACACAAAUUUGUUUGUUCUUUUUGUUAAAUAUUUAUCACUUGUUUACUGAGACCGAGGGAAACAGUGUGUUUUGUGGACCCGAGACCGUCGAUGUUUCCCGAGGCGAAGCCGAGGGAAACAUCGACGGUCGAGGGUCCACAAAACACACUGCUUUCCCAAGGUCUCGGUAAAUAAGUGUUUUAUUCAAUAGUCAAAGAAACGAUAAAUUAAAGAACAAAUGAACGUAAAUACAUGAAAUAUUUUAUUGUUAAAACGUUAUAUUAAACACUGGCUACACUGCAGUUACUUAAUGCGAAAGUUUUAAUUACGUACCAGGCAUGUCCAAAGGUCGCAUCUUCACGUGAUGGCGCACGUGAUUUUUUUUGUUAUUCGCCGGUCGAUAACGUAUUAUCUUCCUCUCGCGCUGUUGCGCGGGAGACAGCCUAAUUUCGUCACUCUCACGUGAUAUGCUCUCGACCAAUAAAACACUAGAAAAAUGCGACUUUGACUAUUGAUAUAUAAUAAUAACGGCUUAUUGACCGAGCGUGAGGUCUGUACUGUGAAAUAUCAGACCGAGGUUUUUUAGUAUGGACCGAGCGACGAAGGAGCGAGGUUCAUGCAAAAAAACAGAGGUCUUAUAUUUCACAGUACAGACCGAACAAGCGAGGUAAAUAAUCGGUUUAUUAUAUGGCUGAACUGAGUCUGUGAGCAUAUGCUUUUCGCGCGAAUUAAAUCGGCUUUCAAACACUCAUUAAUAAUUCAUAAGCUUAUUGGCAAAUCAUGUCAACCAUAAUAUGUCGCGUCCAGUGGCUUUAAACCUGAUAAAACACUCCUAAUUAGUAUUCUUUAUAUAAAGAAUACCAAUAAGGCAGUAUCUAUUGUAGUCGUGUCCUCAUUAGUAUUUUUUAUAUAAAGAAUACUAAUAAGGCAGUAUAUCUAUUGAAUUUGUAGUCGUGUUUGAAGCCGUUUAAUAAACUCGCAGGUCGUGUUUUAUUAGGUCUAAAGCCACUCGCGCUGCGCGCUCGUGUCUUUAAACCCAAUAAAACACUCCUGCUCGUUUAUUAAACAGUACAUCCGUUCGUCAAUUUCACUGGGUAACAAUAUACGGUAGCCAUGCAUGCUCAAGAAAAAACAAUUUGGUUGUUUGAAAUUUUUAUCUGUUAAGCACAAUUAGAAAUUUAAAAAGAAAAUUUUUUUUCUGUUUGCAAAGCAAAAAUUUCCCGCCACAUAAACGACAUCCGGGACACCGGUGCAGAUACGGAAAAUACGGACUCGUCAACCGUUCAGAAUGGAAAAUUUUGAAAAGCCAUAUAAUAAUAAUACCCAAUCCUUUUCAGUUACAAACUGCAGUGUUCUUUCUUGUGGAGAAAAUGAAGAGUGUGUCCAGGUGAACAAUACCUUCACAUGUGUUUGCAAGGAUGGCUAUGAAGAACCGGGUUGCCUUCUGGGUAAGACGUUUUCCGUUUUUCGUUUGUAAUUAAUCGGAUAAUAAUGUGGUACAAGGUUGAGAUGUGAUAUCUGCAGCAAUAACAAACCAAUUAAGAGAAAUUUUGAACAAUUUUGCAAUUUAAACAACCGUAUUCAGGCCCUGAUGAAGCCGCCAUAUUGUACUGCCAAAGUAUAUUUGUGUUUCAUUGCAGUUUUUUAAAAGGUACAUAGAAUUUAAUUUACCUAUAUUAAUUGAAGCUGUGAUAAAACAUAGUAGAGCAAUGUUGAGUGAACAAGUUAUAAAUGUAAACAAUCCAUCAAAGAUAAUGGUAAUAAUAGUUAUAAUCUAUUUUAGCUCCAAAUUGCAGCGAUCCUUCCUGUGGACCAAAUGAAGAAUGUGUCCUGGUGAACAAUACCUUCACGUGUGUUUGCAAGGAUGGCUAUGAAGAACCUGAUUGUCUUCGUAAGAAUUUUCGUUUUAAAAUUAAUUGGCGUUGUUAGUCCUAAAAACGUAAAUGUACAUUAUACCCAUAUGCAAUCAGUAAAAGAGCUGGUUGUUACAUUUCUCUGUAACUUGAACCAUGGAUAAUAAAAUAAAUGGAUAGGAAACUAGCUGACGUGACCUAAUGUUUUCAAUGGGCUGAUGGCGUGAUUGGAUGUUGAAACCUAGUUGCAAACCAAAUUCUCAAAAACGGCAUGUUUAGCAAUAAUACAGCUAAACAUUUUAGUCAAAGAGCAAAUGAAUAUAAUACGCCAUUCUACGAUGAAAUCUCUAAGUAUUCCCAGUCAAUUUUAGCAAAUAUUUCAAGCACUAAACAGUGAAAAAGGCAUCCCAGAUUUCGUUAAAAUUGGGGACGCCAAUUUCGUAGCUACAAAUGUAAAAAAAUACAAAACAAAGACGAAAAACAUUUACCUUGAAUACUUUGUCGUGGCUUAGGCAUGUUUUUAAAACAAUUAGACCAGUAUAUGCUUCAAUAUUACUCUUUUAAAGCGGAAAGUAUAGCGAAACAACAAAAAUGCCGAGAACUUUGCAAUACGCGUGACGUCACAGAUUGCAACUAGGUUGUUUUUGCUUACGUCAACUAGAGUCCUAUCCAUUUAUUUUAUUAUCCAUGCUUGAACUUAAUCAACAUGUCAUAAAAACCAUCAAGUCUUUGAAAAUGUUUUCCAUGAAACAAACCGAAACAUUAGGUAUAACUUAAUUCCAACUUGAUUAUCUUAUGAGUAGGCACCGGGUUUACGGCCAGAACGUUGGCUCGGGACAAUUUAAUAUUGUAGUAAUUUUAGCCUAGUUCAUAUUGCAUGCAAAUUGUGUUUCAGCAUUUAUUUUUGUAAUUGUCACUGAAAGUUUCAUAUCCGCCUUAUUUUCUGUUUUUAGGUCCAAUGACAAUGUGCAAUAUACCUGUAGUCGUCUACUAUGGUCCUAGUGCAAUAAACUACCAAGUAACCAUCAAUAACAUAACAACCUCGGGAAGUCUUGGUAGUGGAGGAGCGAAAGACAUGGACUACGACCGUUUCUCCAGACGAUUGUUCUAUUAUGUGUCAGACAGAUUCUACAGCAUUGAACAAGAUGGUUCAGAUUUAAGAGAGAUAGCAUCAGUAGACAAUGUUGACAGGUUCACUGUAGACGGACGAAACAAUGUCAUCUAUUAUGUCAAUACGUUAACUGAGAUUAUUUCCAAGUUUAAUAUAACAAACUCAGUCGACACUGAACUUGGUAUACGUGCCAAGGACAUUGACAUGGACAUUAUAAAUAAGUAAGUACUCUUUAGUACAAAAACAAACAAGAAAUAUUUUGACCCAACUAGGGUUGGGCGAUAUUAAAAAAAUCAUCUCACGAUUAUUGUCAAGGAAAUUAUCACGAUAGUCAUCGAGCAUGACGAUAAUUUCGAUAUAUCGUCGCUCAAGUUUCUACCUUCGAUACGAUAAUCGCGAUUGAAAGUAUCGCGAUAAAUUAAAAUAUCGAAAUAUCGCCCAACCCUAGACCCAGCUACUGUAGGUCACAGAGAAUGUCUUGUUUGCCUUUAACAACUAUCCUUGCUCACCCUGAAUUUAUGGAUAAUAUCCAAUUUAGUAUUUCAAAAUACCUGUGGUUCCGGUUUCCCGACCAACCCUUUUAUUUCUGCCGACCCUAUUAUUUUUUUCCACGUGAUCGAUUGACCAUGCGACCCUAUUUCCCCCCGGUGGUUGCAGGCUGCUCAUACAGCGUGCCAAAUUGGCGUUUGUUGAGCUCAGUAGUUGUCGCAAUAUCAAAUUAUUGAACCAAAAUACCAAAUUGCCUAAAUUUGUCCAUAGGAAAUGGGCAUGUGUAGUUAAUAUUGAUGUCGGGAGCAAGCAAAAAAAACCACCAAAACCAUGAAAAAAAUAUUUAAAAAAAAAUUAUUUCCGACCUACCUACCCUAUUUUUUUACGAUAUGAAACCGGAACCAUUUUUUUAGGCCUUAGGUUAUAGAUUUCGGGAGGGAAAAUACUGAUUUUUUGCAAAUUCGGUCACUUGGUUUAAAAUAUAAAGUUGAGUUGAAAUGAUCCUCUGGCAAAACAAUUUCGUCCCACAUGCAGUAAUUGGAAUGGAAUAUAAACUGUAAGAAAGAAGGUUGUGUUCAGAAGCAUGGCUAAUUAUUUUGAACUGAAAAUUCUGAACUUUCAUUCCCUUGAUUUUUCUGAUGUUACCCCGAGUGCGUGCGCACACCGGAAAGGCUGAAACAUUUGCCUGACCAUGGUGGGAAUCGAACCCGCUAUACCUUUAGGAUACCAGUCCAAUGGACUGCCAACUAGGCUACGAAGUCAAAUCGGUUCUACUAGGAACUGAGUGUAGUUCCUUCGAUAUUAAUGUGGUCUCAAUGUGCUAAAAAAGUCCUUCUUAAAAUUUGCCACAUUUUGUCUACAUUCCCUGCAUUCAUCAUCAGCAAUCUAUACCAUAUAAAUUAUCACCAUGUAAUAUGUAACACUGUAUCGCACUAUUUUGUGCUCUAUAUUUAAGACAUUGCUCAAAGUGUUCGGUUCCCGCUCAUGCAACUUUGUUAUAUAUUUUCUCCUCUAGUUACCUGGUUAUUGUCAGAACGGAUAGUGGUAGAAACAUAGAGCGUUACAAUGUAGAGACAGCAAUGGUGGAUGUAAUCAAAUCAGGAGAUGACUUUCCUCAGGAUGUUUCUGUUGAUGCUGAUAAUGGUGUAGUUUACUGGGUGAACGUCAUUGGUGGUUCUACGUUUAAAGUCAAGAGUACCUCGUAUGCUGGUGAUACAACAGACUUGAAUAUUACUUAUCCUGACACAAUCGAAAUAGCUCAAGAUGAACUUUACUUAUAUGUUCUGUUUGUUUCAAAUCAGACAAUCUAUAAAUAUAGGAAAAAUACAUGGGAGCAAAUGGGAAGUAUCGUUGUUCCUAGUGGUACAAGUGGAAUUGAAGUUGCAUUUGGUGAGUAUCAAAACCUGUAUGUAACCUGUAUCAAUGAAAUUAUUUAUAGUAUCAAGCAGAAGAAAAUAAACAUUGUGCUCUGUCUUAACCUGAUUAAGUCCUUGUUUUCAAGAGGUGAAAGACAGAAUUUUUAUUCUACGGGGCGACAGCGGAGUGUAGUUGAAAAUUCCUUCUUUUACUGAAUGAGAAUAUUUUUGCUAUUGAACGAAAAAAGACAUUCAUUAUUUGUUGUAUAUGACACCAAAGCAGUUUUGAGGCUCUUUUCUGUGUGUUUCACACAGUAUCAACUGCGGAGUAUCUCAAUGUUCUGCAAUAUGUUUACAUAUUAUUUUACCUGAAGUAUUUGCUCACAAAACACCACAGGUUUUGUAUUUGGAGCAGUGCUCUCCAUGCUUUGUAUACCUAGCUGUAAACAUGGCUCCAGCUGGGCAUAGAAUGAAAACACUUCAGGAUUGAUUUAACUAUCCUGUCUAGAUUAGUUAUUGCAGGGAACAUUGUUCUCAGUGAAUUAGCGAAGUCAAUACAGUAAUGUCUUUAACUUAUGCAGCUCAACUGCAUUACAGGGUAAAAUUUCCCAUGCCUAUAAUAAAAUUCUAAAAUUAAUUCCUCUGGGUAAUACUGUAACUACGUUCUAUAUGACAAAAGCAUCAUAAAUGCUUUGGACAUUUUUUGUAACACUUAUGUAAUGCUUAACUGCAUUACAGCCUCAUAUUUCCCAUGCCUAUAAUAAAAUUCUAAAAUUAAUUCCUCUGGGUAAUAGUGUAACUAUUUUCUAUGACCAAAGCAUCAUAAAUGCUUUGGACAUUUCUUAUAAGAUUCUGCAAGAAGCAGAACCUUUAGCAAUAUCAUAAUUCAUCUUAGGUUUGAUAAAUUGUGAUAUAUUUUAAUUUUUGUAGACGUCGAUGAGUGUUGUGUUGGAACAUACUGUGACAUGUACGCUACAUGUUCAAAUUCAUUGGGAAAUUUCAACUGCUCGUGCAAUGAUGGUUUUUCUGGAAAUGGCACGGAUUGCGAAGGUUAAUGGAUUUUUAUAUCUAUUUAUGCAUUGAACACAACCUUUGAAACACUUCGAACUCAUUGAACAUGCACAACGAUCAUUGUUGUCUGGACAAGCCAAAAUAUUGUUAAAAGCCCAUAUACACGAUAUCACUAGUAAUAUAUUAUCCUUAUCCUUUCGUAUGCUCUGAAAUAAAGACAGUGUAAAGAUGUCGCAUUUCAAAUUUCGCCAUAAACUAAUGGACAGGAAUAGUGGCGUCAGUGGUCGUUUUCAAACACAAGUAUGACAAUUGGAUACAAAUACUGCUAUCAUGUAAAGGGACAAUCUGAAAAUUUCAUCUUUUCUGACCAUUUUAAUACCAACCUUGUUGAAUACUUCGAACUAGAAGUUUGUGAAUUUUGCGUUUAAAGUUGGGCUAUUUUAGCUUUUGAAAUUCCUCGCGCGGCCAAGAGGUCAUGAUGACGUAUGCAGCGUGACACAGUGCACUCUUCCUAUCUGUAAAUACUAUAAACAAUGUAGCUUCAACUGCGUUGAAUUGGAAUUUUUGAUAAUUUAAACAAAAUCCAAAUAAAUCUGCCUUAUGUAGAUGCGAUACAUUGGUAAAUCAAUGCAAUGAAAUCACCAUACGACGAUUUAUCGCUUAUAAGCCGGGGAAAUGCGAAAUCAAUGUUGUAGUAGCAGUGUAGGUUUCAGAUUUUCGUUUUAUAUAGUCCAUUGUAGAUAGUUGGAUAUAGUUAGAAUUUAUACAGUCCGUACUAUGACAAAAUAGGCGAAAUGAAAUUAAUUGAAGUAAACGAAGUUGAGUAUACCGGAACGCAAUAAACUAUUACUAUUAGGAAUAUAAGUACUAAAGUACCUCAGUUACGCUUCAAGUGUGUAAUGUUUUCGUCUAUUUGCGUUUGCUGAAACGUGCCGUAUCUAUAUACUGUUUGCGCGCAAUUUAUUCCCUAGUCACUGGUUGUGUACUAGCUGCGUCAAAUGAAUACUAUUCUAGGCCGUAAUUAAUUUAAUUCCUUUCUGGCCUUAUCAGUCAAGAAGUUAUGUUUUCACAACAGGCGUAUGAACCACCGAGGCCGGAGCGCACUAUAUACUUCUUAGUCGAUCAUACUCACGCGACAGAGUCCGAGUGAAGAACCAUUUAUUUGACUAGGUUAAUUUAUACUUAUAAUUUACAAUAUCAGUUUACGUAACAUACUAUACACUUUUUAUCACGUUCUCAGUUCUUUGCUGUGAUUAUUUAUAUCCAGUGUUGCUUUAAGACGGAUACCUCUUCCUGAUCUCAUGCUGGAAGCGGUCUAGAGUUUUCCCAUCCAAGCAUGGCGAAUAUCCAUCUCACUAUCCACCGAUAUACGCCACUGCACGAAGGUAUCUAAAAAUUAACAAUCAAACACUGAGACUGAGUUAUUAUACCUUCAUGAAUGCACUGUUACACACGACGGUACUGUUAUACACAUUUUGUUUAUAUAUUUCAAAAUAUUAAUAUUCAAAGCAAUAGAUAGAUUAAAAUACACGUUUCAAAAUCUUACAAAAUACAACCAUUUGCGAUUAUUGCGAAUAUAUAGAAAAUACUGAUGAAAACUGACCAAAAUUCAGUGAAAUUAAUUUGACUUACUCAUUUUGCCCGGCUUGAGUUCUGCUUGUUGAUUUGCGGUUAUAUACUGUUCGAGUGUUCGGUGCAUAAUAACAGGAUAGUCCCAGUGCUGUAUAAUAAGCCUACAUUCAGCGUCCUUUCCAUCGUACGUAAAUUUGGCCGUACAUUCCAGAAUCUCUUCACAGCACCGGUAUCACUACAAAUCUACAAUCAGUACAAUGCCCACUGCAUGUGCACCUAAAAUCAAUUCACAUGUUAAACGAAACACGCUAAUAAAUAGUUCGAGAAACGCUUUGAUAUUAGACUGCUUUGUUAAACUUACCAUGAACUAACAGCUACGGUUUUCGUAAAUCUCGCCGCAAAACCGUCUUCGCCUGUUUUGUCUUCCUCAUAGUCAUUAGUCACUAUCAGCAACUGGCUCGAACUGAUAGGGCUGUACAACGGACGAUUGUUGCUCAACAACGUCCUCGUUAUCUGUUGACUGUUCUGUAUCUGUCUGUGAUUCAAAGCUUUCGCUAUCCGACAUUUUUUGCGUUUUUAAGGAGAAAUAUACAAGCUACUGUCUUGCGAUUAGUGAUAUUUUAUAGUUUUCAUUCAAGUAAACACUGCGAUAUGUCACACUGCAUACGUCACAAGGCCGGAAUUUUCGAUACCAGUCUUUCAUCAGGUAACGAUUCAAAAUAGCUGUAUUUGUCGUACAUUUUAGGUCAUUUUCAAUACUUUUAGAGCGCUUUUACUAACUAAAAAUAUUUUUACCUAGUUAAGGGAGGUCAUUUCUUUCCAAAUUUCGAAAUUUAAAUUUUUUCAUUUUUCCUUGCAUAUACACUUUAAGCUAAAAGCACAUUAUUUCCAGAAAUUCUAUCACCACAAUAAGCCAACGCAAGGAGAAACAACAUGUUUAUAUAUGGCUUUCCCCACAGGGGUAUCUGCAUUUAACCCCCACCACCCCACCCCGAAGAAAUUAAGUGGUGAUAAGUUGGCCAAAUUUUCUACUUUAGUCAGUCAAAGAACUAAAUGGAAAGCGUGUCUGAUAUCUGUGUAUCAUGACAUAAUCAUGAUGAUUGGGAUAUGAAGGGUUUUUGUUACAGUUAUAAAGAUAGUAGAAAUUAAUCCGAUGUUGUGCAUGGUAGAUAUUCAUUACAUGUGUACACUGUUUGGAUAACUCUUUUUAGUGAAUGACCGAUUGUGCUACAAAUUGGAUUUUUUAUCAUGCAACAGUCUCCCCGAUGCCUUAAACACAUUUUCUUUUGUGUGUGUUGGAGGGUGAGGGAGGUGAACUUUUGUCAUUUAAAAAAAAAACGCUCUGCCUCUCUUAAUUUUACAUUUACGCCUGCAUGCAUAUAUGAACCGAUUAUCAAGUGUUCCAAAAUUUGGAGAAAAAAUUAAUCAAAAAAUUAAAUCUUUAGAUAUCGAUGAAUGUUUGGAUUAUCCAUGCCACAGCAAUGCUACCUGCGUCGAUGCAAUUGGUUCGUUUAAUUGCAGUUGCAAUGAAGGUUUUCUAGGAGAUGGUUUCAAUAACUGUGAAGGUAAAAUAUAUUUAGAUUUAGUGUAAUCAAAUGUCGAAGUGAAAUAGUCUCUAAACCUUCGUUGGUAUAGGGACGCAACCACCUGAAAAAUACAUGGCGAAAUUUGACAAUUCAAGCCCAGGCUCUUCGUCUGGCAGUUUGUAGUUCCGAUAGUCUUCAGCACAUUCUGUUGACAUCUGUGUUAUCAGCUCACAUCUGUUCUAGAUGAAAUAUAAAUACAUACCGUUGUAUUUCACCUCUUAUGGCUGUUUGGUUGAAACAUUACCAUAUCUCCUUUCGUCUUUAUAGUAUCUUGCUGGUGUUUUUGGCUGACUUUGCUCUUACCAUUAUUUCUUAUUUCAUGUUACAAUGUAUGAUGUUAAGUAUUUGAUUAUUCCAUCCGCUGGAAUAAGUCCACACAUCUUCUUGAUGUGUUUGCUAUUGUAACCUUAUUUCUAUUUUCUUUGCACAAGAUGAACAAACGUUGUUGUUUUCAUAUGGGUUCAAUGUAUUUUUGCCAAUUUGCUUUAUCAAUUUGAAUAUAUCCAUAUGAAUAUAUAUAAAUACCAUGAGCUCGCAAUCGUAUAUGGCUGAAAGCUAACUCGGUGCGUAGGAUGCCAGAAAAUGGUAAAUAUUAACUGCAGCAAUAAUAAAGUCAUGCAUUAACUGCAUCAAUAAUAUCUUCUGCCCUAUUGCAAUAUUUUGACAGUUUAUUCAGCCACAGUCUGUGUCACAACUUUACAUGACAAUUUGCAAUGUUUUUGUCGUAAAACUGAAGAUGAAAUAAAUUGCUUUCGAACAGAUAUUGCAGGGUUUGGCUACCACACAGGUGAAUGAUGUCAAUAAACUUGGCAUCCGGAGUCGUAUGCUCUUAAUACAACCCUAACAGUCACCCUUAACCAAGCAAUGAAUGCACAUAAGUCAAGACAGUGUCAACAAACAAUGUCAGUAUUUUGUUGUGGGACGAGCAGAUAAUUUGGCAGGAAAAAGUUCUUGUCUGUAUCAGGCAUACUUUUUGUACUCCAAUUGAUAUGACGACAAAGAGGGGAAAGCAUCAGAGUUUUCCCAUUGAUUCUAAUUCUUUUUCCAAAAUAAAAGAAGUUGCUGUUGUUUAAAGUCACAUUCAUGUUCUUUUUCAGCAACCAACUGCAGUAUCCUUUCUUGUGGAGAAAAUGAAGACUGUGUUCAAGUAAACAAUAUAUUCAAGUGUGUUUGCAAGGAUGAUUAUGAAGGACCUGAUUGCAAGCUAGGUAAGAAAAUAUAUCAGAGGGCACGAAACAGUAGUAACUCUUAUUAGCACAUGCUCGGGUGUGGAUAGUGGUUGCUCAUGCUCUGGAUCUCGUUGCACUAUUUUACUCACAGACAAGCAAAUGGGCCAUUCCAUUUAAUAUAGGCCCCACCCCUAUUGAGGGGUCCCUUCAUAAUCCCCUUAGGAUAUAAAAAUUUUAGAACCCCCUUGGAUGCGAUUUUUGGAAGUUACCCCAUGGAUUUCUUUAUACCCCCUUUAGUGAAAAACCCCUCCCCUCCCAUAGGAUUUCCAGACCUCUCAAUAGGGGGGGGGGGGUGCCUAUAUUAAAUGGAAUGGCCCAAUGUUUGUACUAAACGAAGACGUGGUUUCGCCAAACACAAAGAAAACCACAAAGUCUUCGUUAACAGUGCGUGGAGCUAUUUCUAAUGAAUAAAAUCACUAAUGUUUUAAAUAAUAAAACUUAACAACUAUUAUUGGAGCUGUAUACAAAUGUUUUAAGAAUAUUUUCGUUGUUUUUUGGUCGUUAUUAUUUUGUUAUGGUAUAUGCUAAAGCAAUCAUUAACCAUGGAGGCCGAUGAAUAGUGCAAGAUAUUCACCUCAACGCUUUGUGUUUCUGUGAAUAUCCUUGUACUAUUCACCUUCACUUCAGUGAAUAAUUGUUAAAUAUCCUAAAUGUUUUAUGGUGUGUAUAUUAUAUGUUUGAAAUAGUUAUAAUUUUUUACCAUUUGCUAGUCUGUUUUCCUAAUAACGACUGAAGCAUAGACGAAAUAUAGAAUGUUAUUAUAUUGAGACUGACAUUGUAAACAAAAUUUUCUCAAUGAUCUUGCAUGUUUGAGAGUACUUCAUGUUUUGAAAUCUUCAGUCCGCUCACUCUUCUUAUAUUCUGGCCACUCUGCUCACAUUCUGUUUAUGAAAUAUUUAAAUAUUGCUACUGAACGUCAAACGUCAGGAUGUGUAGAGUAACUGUUGAAAUUAUUGCAACCCUAGUUUACAUGUGGUGAAUAUAAUGAAGAUAGAUCUAGCUGGAGACAACCAAGUCGUAAUAUUUUUCUCACACAGACUUUAUUCCCUGAUCUAAAAUAUAGAAUAUUAAAUAUGUAAUUUAUGUAGACCUAUAUACCUGUGGUCAAUCAAGUGUUAAUAUUUUCACACAUUUUUCUUGACAUGAUAAUUUAAUAUUCUAACAGUACAAGCGACAUGCCAAGCAAGGGGUGAUCCACACUACUCAACAUUUGAUGGAACAUUUUAUGAUUUUAUGGGAACAUGUGAAUAUGUUCUGGCUAAAGACCGUGUAAAUAACACUUUCGAAGUACGACAAACAAAUGAACCUUGUUAUGGAUUGCCUACAUGUACAAAGUCAUUAACAGUGAUCUUAGCAGGUUUAACUAUCGAUCUCCGAAGAGGAAUGACUCGGGUAAAUGAUGUGCAAGUGACAUUGCCAGUUUAUUAUCAAGGUGAGAAAACUUGACUUUAAAUAAGUACUACAUAAGAUAACGCAACACUGGAGGUAUAGCUACAGAAGAUGCAGCAAUAGACCCCCUGGUAGGAAUCGAACCUGUGACCCUGGUGCACGGCUCUAAAAUUCAAAAAAUUGUAUCCGAAAAUUCGGCGCUCUAAAUUUAGAGAUCUACAAAAACCCUUGUAAGUAGCACAAAAUGGCGUAUAUAACAGGACCAAAUUUUUCAUCUUGGCGACCAGAUAUUUGCUAAACGUAUAGCCCUGGUAGCGAUCGAGAAUAUUCCUUAAAAUAUUUCAGUAUCUAAAGUUUUUCAUUUCUUGCAUAUACAGUAAUUUGCCAUCACAUUGAACAAGUGUUUUUUUUUUCGUAAUACCUAUGUACAAGGAAAAUACUUCAUAGCACCAAAUUCUACUGUACCUUAGGGUGGGAACUAUUCAUGCGAUGUGUUUAUAAACACAGAAACAACAACUGAAAAAUGUCACACCUGUAUAUCGGCUGUCCUGCUAUCUUUUGAUUCACUCUAUAGGACAGCAGACAUAAAAUCUGUGACUGGCAGGUUACUGGUUGUUGUUGCUUACUACUGUAAGAUGCUUUGUUUCAGUCGCAUUUAAAUUAAACUUAUUCUUUUUCAAACUUGUAGUUUUAUUGGAAACACUCAACCUUCACAAAUUCUUACUAUUACAUGUUGUGUUAUAAUAAUUCAAACUUCUGAAAUGCAUGAGUAAUUUAUUGAUCAAUAUACCUUUGAUAUACGGCAACAUGUCAAUUAUUGUCAGUGGAAAAGCUCACCAAUCAGAAUCACAUAUUUUAGACUUAAAUACUAUUUAGCUACGAAACAGGUAGUUGUUUUAUGCGACCAGCCCCGCCCCCUAUAGGCACGUGGGUGACUGUAAUUUUUUUAAUGUUUCAGCCUCUAGUGAAGUACAUUUUAGCCCAUUUGAUAUAUUAGUAUAAAAUACUUUUUGACAUUGAUAAUAGACGCGACCGGCCAACUUUCUGAAAGUUACAUUCUGAUGAUGUUUUUUGUUACAAGCUGCCAACUGGCAUUUUCUUAGACGCAUUAAUAAAGAAGCUAUUUUAUAUGUUGGCACCUCUGAUUUUGGCUAUUAAAUGUACUAUGUUGACAAAAAUGCAAAAUCACAAAAAUAAACUAUACCAAGAGAAAGAUCGCAAGAAAGUAUAUAUAAAACGACCAAGCGAGUAGGGCGAAUUUUCAAGUCGGUUUUGAGUUUGAGCUUCAAGUUGGCAAAAUAGUAACUUUAUGGUAUACAGUACUGUAAUUUAUUUUUGUUAAAAAUGAACUUGAAAUUUUUGCAUUUUUGUCAACAUAAUACUUUAAUAGGCAACAUUUUAAAAUUCUCAAAAUUUCGGCUAUAUAUAAAGCCAAAAUCAGAGUUGCCAACAUGAAUAGUCUUCUUUAUUAAUGCCUAUACCCUAAGAAAAUGCCAGUUGGCAGCUUGUAACAGAAAACGCCAUCAAACAAAUUUUGGUGUACAUUUUCAGAUUUUGGCCGGCCGUCUAUAACCUAAAAAGUGGGAAAGGUGUUAUGUGUUAACAUAGUUAAUAGAGGAGAUGGUUUGGAAACUUAUUUGCAUUACAAUAAACCUCACUAUCUAUGUUUUUGUUCAGGUUUAUGCAAAAAUGUGGUCUUUCAUCGUCACGUGCGUAUUGUAUUUUUGCUCAACCAGCCAACAGCAACGGUUUUGUCCAAUUGCCCAUCCAUGACUUUAACAAUAGGACAUUUUGAACAUUCCUAUUGGUUGACUUGAGAAAAAUACAAUACGCACGUGACGAUGAAAGACCACAUUUUUGCAUAAACCUGAACAACAUAGAUAAUGAGGUUUAUUGUGAUUUUAUUGUAAUGCUAACGAGUUUCCAAACCAUCUCCUCUAUUAACUAUGGUGUUAAUCACCAUUUUAAAAGUUAUAAAAUUAAUUUUUCUUUGAGUUUGCAAACAGUGUUAACAUUUUCCAAAUUCUGGAAAUAAAUUUACAAACCUCACACUCAAUGAUUAUAUUAAACAUUAUAAUUGCUGGUUUACGAUUACAAAUGUUUUGUCUUCUUGUCUAUUGUUUCAGGUGUCAACAUCACUGAAAGUGGAAAUGGAAAUAUAAUAAAUACAAUAGUAACAAGUGAUUAUGGUGUAACUGUUCACUGGAACAAUGUUUAUAAUGUACGAGUGAUAGUUGGAGGUCGGUAUUUCAACAGAACAUCAGGUUUAUGUGGUACAUAUAAUAACAUAAAAGAUGACGACUUCUGGGCAUCUAAUGGUACAAUUGUAACUAAUCCAGUAGAAUUUGGAAAUUCUUGGAAAGUUGAUCCUGAUUGUGAUGAUGCAAUUGCAGUACCACAUCCCUGUGACGCCAACUCAGACAGAAGAUGGAUAGCACGAGCCAACUGUUCAACGUUACUCAGACCUCCUUUCAACGAGUGUUCAAGCCAUAUAAAUGCCACCCAAGAAGGAUUUAUUUCAGAUUGUGAAUAUGAUAUGUGUGCCUGCGAGGAAGAUCCUGUUGUUUGUUAUUGUCAAGCUCUCGAGGCUUAUGCUGACUAUUGUUCUUCCUUUGUUGAUAUUCAGUGGGAGGCAUUGGACGAAUUUGCAGUUUGUCGUAAGUGUCUAAAUAUGUAUAUAUUUUAAUUUUUUCAAGACACGUCCAUUAGAUAAAUGAUACCUUUAGAAUCUUUGGCCUUUUUACUUUUUAUAUUGGUAUUGUAACUUGUCAUUUUUUUCCGGUUGCACUACUUGCCAUUACUGUAAUUGUUAAUUGCUGUAUUAUUGUUACUACUCUUCGUCGUAAGUCGUUGCUCGUACCUUUUUCUCUAACAUUAACUCUUACUUUUUUUUUAUUGCUGUUUCUGGUAUGCUCAAUGUACUGUUACUAUUUCUGUUACUUUUACGUUUCCCUUACACUAGUUCUUACUCCUACUUGUACAGUUAUGAGUACCAUUAUAGCAUUACCAUUACUGAAUGAUGCUGUUACAGUUGCUGUGACGGUUAGCCAUAUUAAUAUUGCUAUUAACCUGUGACUCUCGCCCUAACUGCAAUUGUUGCUGUUUCGUGUACUUUUACUCUUAAUUAUUUUCUUACUGUGAUUGUUACUGUACUUGUAUAGUAGUUCCAACUGCAGAUCAUUGUUCUUACCAUUACUAUACACUGUAAUUGUUAUUAUUGUUGUUAUUGUUUUUCUUUUACUCUAACCGUUACUUAACUUCUUACUGUUUCUAUUGAUGUGACUGUUAGUUGCACCAUAGACAAUCAAAGGAAUGGACUGGAAACGCUAGGCAAAACGCUAUGAUGCGAACGCGGCAUCCGUGAUACGGGCUAGCACGUAUCAAUUCCUCAGUUACCGUGGCAACUGGCCUGUAAAAAAGUUUUAAAAAUGUAGAUUUUGCAUAUAUUUUUUCCCUUUUUUUUAAACAAACGCAAAGGUAAAAGAUAUUUUUUGGCGGUACCAAAAGCAAAGAAUAUAUGCCAAGGUGAGUACGUGUAUAUUUUUAAUUUUCCCUAUAAAAACAAUCAUUACAACUUCGGUUUUUCACAACGGUGUCACUUGUCUGCUAAGGCAUAUAGUUAUACUCUCAUAUGUAAUGUUGAUUCCACUAGGACGUUCACAAAUCCCUGCGAUAUACAAAUUUUGUAAUAAAUAUAUUUUUUAACAGCUCACCUUGCGCGACUACGAAAAGAUGUCAAUUUUUGUUGUUCUAAAUCCGAACCCUGUAACUACAGUUUUAAAAGAGUUUGGGAUUUUAAGGUUACAUAUUUUGAACAAGAAUAGACUAAUGAGUUCCACUAUCGCUUUUUUAAACUUCUUUUUGGCAAAACAAACUCAAAAAUCAAUAUUGAAUGCGUGUGCACUGUCUUUGAAAACACAAAUGUCGCUAUUUUUGUUUUUCGAGUAUACACUUACUUCGAACCCUGUAACUACAGUUUUAAAACAGUUUAGGAUUUUAAAGUCACAUAUUUUGACUUAGUUAAAGUUUAAUUUGAAUAAGAGGUGUCAAGUUAAUGUAAAAAUCGUUUGAACUUUAUUGGAAGUAUAUUAAUACAGUACGUACCCAUGCACAUAAACACCAGGGCAAUGGCGACAUUUGUGUUGUCAAAAACAGUACGCACGCAUUGAUUCAAUGAUGAUUUUUGGGUUUGUUUGACCAAAAAAGAAGUAAAGAACGGUAGUGGAACUCGUGCUUGUUCAAAAUAGGUAAUUUUAAAAACCUAAACUGUUUAACACUAUAGUUGCAGGGUUUGAAAUAUGAAGUGCAUACUUCGCAAACAAAUCUGGCGACAUUUGUGUUGUCAAAAAUAGUAUGCACACAGUCAUUGAUUAUUUUUAGCCUUAUUAACGCAAAAAGAAGUUUAAAAAAGCGAUAGUGGAACUCAUUAGUCUAUUCUUGUUCAAAAUAUGUGACUUUAAAAUCCUAUACUGUUUUAAAACUGUAGUUACAGGGUUCGAAGUAAGUGUAUACUCGAAAAACAAAAAUAGCGACAUUUGUGUUUUCAAAGACAGUGCACACGCAUUCAAUAUUGAUUUUUGAGUUUGUUUUGCCAAAAAGAAGUUUAAAAAAGCGAUAGUGGAACUCAUUAGUCUAUUCUUGUUCAAAAUAUGUAACCUUAAAAUCCCAAACUCUUUUAAAACUGUAGUUACAGGUUUCGGAUUUAGAACAACAAUCGUAGUUAGUCGCGCAAGGUGAGCUGUUAAAAAAUAUAUUUAUUACAAAAUUUGUAUAUCGCAGGGAUUUGUGAAUGUCCUAGUGGAAUCAACAUUACAUAUGAGAGUAUAACUAUAUGCCUUAGCAGACAAGUGACAGCUUUGUCGCCAAGUUCCAGGGUUCGAAAUAUAACCACACAGGGAGAGAUGUAAUAUACGUGCGUAAUUGUUUUGUCAACGUUGUGAAAAACCGAAGUUAUAAUGAUUGUUUUUAUAGGGAAAAUUAAAAAUAUACACGUACUCACCUUGGCAUAUAUUCUCUGCUUUUGGUACCGCCAAAAAAUAUCUUUUACCUUUGCGUUUGUUAAAAAAAAGGGAAAAAAUAUAUGCAAAAUCUACAUUUUUUAAACUUUUUUACAGGCCAGUUGCCACGGUAACUGAUGAAUUGAUACGUGCUAGCCCGUAUCACGGAUGCCGCGUUCGCAUCAUAGCGUUUUGCCUAGCGUUUCCAGUCCAUUCCUUUGAUUGUCUAUGGUUGCACGGUCUAUACUAUUUAUUAAUCUUCCAUUACCCUUGUCUUUACCAUUGUCAUUUUCAAUGAUGCUGCACUUACUGUUGCUAUUACUCUUAGGCGUACUGAAAUUUUACUGUUACUGGUAUUUGUGUUCUGUGAGUUAAAACUUAGUUAUGUGUUUACCUUUUCGUUCAUGUUCUCUACAGUAUAUGCCCUUUUCUUCAAAAAAUAUGUUAACUAUUUCUAACAUUUUAAAAUAAAUAUGGUCAGCUGAUUAUCUUUUCCACCACUAACUUUCUUUCAAUAUCUUAAUGUAGGUACCCCAUGUGCUAGUGCUCCAUGUUUCAAUGGUGGUUCUUGCAGAAAUAUUAAUGGGUCAAUAUAUGCAUAUGAGUGCACUUGCCCAAUCGGAUUCGUAGGUGACAGAUGUGAACUUGAAGGUAAAAAAACUUCUCUCCAGAUAAUUCCAGAUUCAUGGUUUGGAUGUUUUCCAGAAAACAUUGAGACCUCUCCAUCUAGUUGCAUUUUUUUCAACUGCUCCUGGUUAGGUUUAAUAAAUAUAUAAAAUUCACGCUCGAAAUUUCCAUUCGGCUACAAGACGCUUCAAAUUUCUAUAAUGCUGCAAUACUCACGCAACCUGAUUGAAAUUUACCGUACUCGCGCCUCUUGUUGUAAAUAGUUGGUCCGGCAUGGAUAAAUUUGCUAUGAGUGCCGUUCUAUAAUAUAUGCUCACAACUUAUUUAAGCAUAAUUGAAAUUGGACCAAAAGCUAGGUAAAGCGCAAGUUUUUUAACUAUAUCAUCCCCAUUAUCAAUUCUUUUUUCCGUGCGAUUUUUUGUUGGUCUCUACUGUCAUUUUGCUGUUUUGUUUUACUGACAAUGUUGUUAGUAUUUGUACCUUUCACCUUUGUGCCUUGGGUUACAAUCCUAAUAGACCUUUAGUUCUCUACUCUGUCUCUGUUGCAUGUGCGAAGACUGCUUCCAAGUUCACUAUAUCAAACAACACUCAUUUUCGUCGAUUGUACGAUUUAUCUUCGAUAUACAACCAUUUUCUCUUGCAGUAAGCUGUACAAAUUAAUAAUUGGUCGCCGAAAGCGAGAAUAUUAUAAAUCUAUAGUCACUGAACAGCAGGCAAAGAGACUAUAGGCUUGUAAUCACUGAACGUAUUUUAGUAGAAAUUGUGAAGAGAAAAAGAGCACACAAAUUAUCAAAUCCAUUUAAAUGGCUACAGUACAAAAUUCAGCAAUUUUUUCAGCACCCCAGCUAAGUUUUUUGCUAUUGGCUUUGUGACAAUAAAAUAAUAUGCAAAUUCACAACAAUAAUGUACACUGAAAAACGGUCAGAAAUAUACAAAAUAAUUUAAAAAAAGAGCACAUUCUGUGGACCAGGAUGAAAAGAAUAUCGAUUUGCAGUUGCAAUUUUCAACAAAACUUGGUUAAUUAAGUUUCAGUUUGGGUUUAAAUUGAGCUGCUCGCGAAGAUACCUUUUUGAAAAAAAUGGUAGUCUGUGGGGAGUUAGAGGCUAUUAAUUCUUGGUCGCUCAAUUUCGACCAUUCAGAUUGCAAGUGAAGCUACAGCCACCUCACAAUGUCUACUAUCAAGGAAUGGCCCUUACUGAACAUCUGGGAGAACAGCUUAUUAUUUGAAAGUGCUAUCCGGUAUCCCGUGUAACUAAAUGUUUAGUAAUGUGUUUGUCCAUAUAGAGUCGGAAAUUGGUUAUACAAAAUUGUUUUCUUUUUCUUCAGACGUUUGUCAAGUACCAAUUCUCUAUUAUGCUAACAGUUCUACAAUCGACACUUACAACACCAAGGCCGGUGAUCUUUCACCAAACUUUUUCUUGAGAUCUGCUGACGCUCAACUGGUCUACGACAAACAUAACCGUCAAAUUUUAAUGUAUGCAUCAGGCACAACAUUAUCCAGAGUAACUUUGGAUGGCUCUAAUAUAACGACCUUGGCGACAAUGGAAGAGCAUAUUCGGCGGUUCACAUAUGAUGGUCGUCGUAAUAUUAUAUAUUAUCUUCAUGACGCAAGUGAAGCUAUUCAUAUGUUAAACCUGACAAGUAUGGAAGAUGUGGAAGUUGGUGCUCUGGCUCAUGUUUCUAACAUUAAAGAUCUUGACAUUGAUGUAUUGAAUGAGUAAGUAAACAAGGAUGAUAAGUAAUAGUUCAAAUACGCGGAAGUGUUCUUCCUCUGAUUUCUAAAUACAGACAAGCAGGCUGAAAAUACGAGGCGACUUCGCCGAGAUUUUUUAACCAGUUUGUCUGUAUUUAGAAAUCAGAGAAAGAACACUUGUACGAGUGUUUGAACUUACUUCUUAAACGAACCUGUAUUUUAUGAGAAAAUCAAGAUGAACGUUGGCGAAAUUUGUCUGUAAUCCUCCUCCGAUUUCUAAAUACUGAUUAAAUAUUUAUUUCUUUUGAAUUUUCUUCAUGAAUUAUUAAUGAGUUUGAAAACAAUAUAUACCAAUUGACAGUCAGUGAUAAAAUACAGCAGUUGGCUUGAUAAGAAACAACUACAUGCAUGUAUUGUCAUAUUCGCCUGUCUCAAAAGUCUGACUGCACCUUAGGAAUGAUCAAUGAUUAAUAGUACACUGUACUGUCAGUAUGAACUCCACAGAGCAAAAUGGCUGAGCAUCCUUCAUGGAAGGUAUAUAGAAAAUUAGAAACAAAUAAUAACGCUGAAAAACUCAUAAAAGAACGUUGUCUUCCACGUCGAUGUACGCCAAUUGACUUCUCUACCUAUCUCCGUCUCUUUUAGCAAGACAUUUGCGUGGUAAACAGUGAGUUCUGACUGCCAUACCAAUUCAAUAGAUUUAUUCAUAAGCACACAUGAGGCUUGACAAAGUUAGAGCCAUAACUUGUGAUCGAGUUUAUACAGAUUGUCUGCAUGGUAUUUCUAUUCGCUGGACAGUUGGUUGCCUGUAUAAAAUUAGGUUAAUUUAUGUCGCGGUAGAAAUACGAUAAUACGUCAUUUUAUACGGUUUAAGUAAUGAACAAAUCCUGACCUUACUAAAAAUCAUAUUAGUACCAAAUGUAUUCAUUAAUGAGCUCUUCCUACUUUUUUCCAGCUGUCUUGUUAUCGUAACUGCAUCCAAUUUAUCAAUUGUUCUGUAUGACCUUGGUGAAAGCUCAUCAGUUCGUGUGAUCACUUAUGAUGGUGGUUUUGGGCAAUCACUCUAUGUUUUUGAAGAUGGGACUAUAUACUGGGUCAUCUACAAUCCCUCCACUGGGCGCUUUAUAAUUCUAUGCACAUCUAAAGCAGGAGUAACAAGUAGCCUCGGGAUCUGGUACAAUGGAGAAAUUUGUGUAGUGGUAGACCGAUUAUAUAUUUAUGUAUUGGCUAAAGAAAACAACCGAAUUGAUAUUUAUUCCAGAAGAACAUUGGUGAAACACUGGGAAUUACGUAUAAUACCUAAUGCCAAUGAGUUGAUCCUGGCAUUGGGUAAGUAAAUAACAGAAAUACAAAUACCAUCAAGUCACUUAUUUGCGGACGACUUACUAUGACGUAAUUUGGUACAUAUAGAUUAAUUGUUUUUAGUGGCAAAAAACCUGGCAUGUUGUUUAAGGAGACAUCAAAAGAUUUAACCAAUAAUUAUACUUUCAAAUCUUUCAAAUUUGAUUGUCUAUGAAAAAUUUGUCAUUUUGAAAAUUCGCCACGAGUCAUGAUGUUAUUAUGAAGAUUAGAAUCAAACAUUUGCAAAAAAAUGUGGAAUCCAAUAAAUGCAUUCACUUGAAAUGUAUACAGUAUAGUCGACAGAAUUUGACAGCGGAGGAAUUCGGCUUUCUAUCAAAAUGUUUGCAUAACCAAAUGUUAGCACAUCCCAUCAUAAUUUGCAAUCAGCUAUUGCCUUCGAUAUAGUAGGGAAGGCACAAACCGCACGAUAACAAACUAGCAUGCAUACAUAUACAUCAUUUGUCCGUUAAUCUUUUUCAUCACCUAAUGAAUUAUCUUUUUGUUUCAUCCGUGGUUUACUAAACAAAAAGGUUUUCGUUGUGAUCGACAAAUGAGUAACUAUAUCAUUGAUGAUCAUGAUCUAGGGUUUUUUUCUGACGAGCCGAUGACAGAUAGUUUUGUAUGAACCAUUCACACCAUGCAUUAUAAAAUAAUUUUUGCAAAAUCCCUCCAAACAUCCAAACGUCAUUGAAAUGUAAUAUCAACUAAUCAUGCUGGCCGACGGGCUGUAUUUCUGAUGUCUGCACCAAACAUCUGGCCACGAUUACUGUGUGCACUAAAUUUUAAUAUUUAAUUCUAGAUAUUGAUGAAUGCUGCUCCAAUAACACAUGUCACAUGAAUGCCACGUGUUCGGACACACCUGGAAGCUUCGUCUGUACUUGUAAUGAAGGCUUUGAGCCAAGUGGAGAUGAUUGCAUAGGUAU